AUGGCGAAGAGAAGCACUAUUGUGCUACUACUUGUCCUUGCAAUUGUGUUAUCAUACAGUGUCUUGGAGGGCGUUGCACACCAGAGCCAAGUUGCAUUCUCUCGCAAAGUGAUGAAUACAGAACAAAAAGCAUCCUUUAGUAGGAUGAUUCCAUCGCUUGGUGGGCAGGUUCUUGGUGCAAGGAAUGCAGGAGGUGUGAGCAAUAAUGCUGAAAUAGCAAAUGUUGAAACUAUAACUACCGCAGAUUCCCAUCAUGAUGUCUCUGUGAAAGAUUUUCGUGGGAUUAACCACAAACCACCACCUUAUAACAGGCCAUAA